GAGCAGCAACAUGGCAGCUCCGGGAGCUGGUGACCCUCUGAAUGCUAAGAAUGGAAAUGCUCCAUUCGCUCAGCGCAUCGACCCGUCGCGGGAGAAAUUGACCCCUGCGCAGUUGCAGUUUAUUCGGCAGGUCCAACUUGCCCAGUGGCAGAAAACACUGCCACAGCGGCGAACCCGGAAUAUCAUGACCGGCCUGGGCAUCGGGGCCCUGGUGUUAGCAAUUUAUGGUUACACCUUCUACUCGGUGGCCCAGGAGCGUUUCCUUGAUGAGCUGGAAGAUGAAGCCAAAGUUGCCCGAGCCCGCGCUCUUGAGAGAGAGAGAGAGCGUCAGGACCCUAACUGUACCGACCAUCUUCAAACUGCUGGAGCCCCUGUAUAUGUUGAAUGAUGCCUGGUGGUCUCGCAGCAUCGCUGGCAUACUAACUUCAGGCUAUGAUUGAGCUCAAGAAGCCAGAGACUAUGCGUUUGG